AUGUACAAACAAUACCAAAUAAAUGGUCGAGGGGCAACUGAGAUUACAGACCGUAUGAACUCUCCAGAAGCUUUCCCACUAACAUGCUCACGGUUUUGCCAGCUCGUCUACAAGAGGCUGAAUGGUACCCUGGCAAGUGGGUCCCCAGCAAUGGAGUCGGAGAGUGCUCAAGGAGCAGUCGAAACAGCGGCAGUCUUUGAAGAGACUUACGGCGCACUCAUAGACACGCUAUCCCAGAUGCCCAAACUCCAUACUCUGAGGCUCAGCGCGUCGCAGGUGAACGGGAUCCCUUGGGAAGCCAUGCAGGCCAUUCUUGCGAUACCCCAGCUGCGAGCUCUGCACAUCACGGGCACUCUCGACCGUCGCCUCCUGCACCCUCUCGAGGUAGAACGGCGUGCAUCGCUGCCACCGGCAUCCCCGACCUCCCUCGAAUGCGCUCCCAGGCCCUACAGCGACUAUCCGGGCUCCUCCCUCGCGCAGCGCCGGCUACUCGGAGCGCUGCUGCAACAACCAUCCAUCCAGCACGCCCUAGCGACGCUGGCCAUCCCGGACGAGUGCCUCCCCUCUGACGUGUUUUGCUCCGCGCAGUUUCCUCGGCUUCGAGACGUGUCGCUGAGGGGCAGAAGGGGAGUCUGGGCGCUUUUGGCGGGGGAGCUGCACAAUCCCCGCGUCACCGCUCUUGCCGGAAUACCGAACUUGAUCGCCCUCGAGCUGAACUUUGCGGCCCAAGAGACCCCGGGGCGCCAACCGAUCUGGCCGGCCUCGAGUCCGUGCGCGACGCUGCCCUGGCAGCGUCUGCGCCACCUCUCAGUAUCUUACCCAGACCCCGAGGAUGAAGUGUAUUCUCAUCUCCCGACGACGCUUCGAUCUCUGGCCUUGCGAUGUUGGCCGAGGCAUUACUUGCACCUGCCGCACGACGCGGAGGCGAUGAACUGGAUGGGAUGGAGCUCGCCCGUCCUGAGCGCGUCAGAGAUGCUGCGUAUCUUGCGUCGCUGCCCGUCGGAUCGUACUGACGCCCUGGAGAUCGAGUAUGUCGCGGACGACGACAACGACGAGGAGCUAUUGCAAUUCAUCCCACAGGCGUUCCCGACCCCGCCGCCUGACUAUAUUGCGAGACCGGAGGAGAGCGACAGACGCAAUGCCAGUAACACGCUUAUGCCCCUCAGGUCCCUCCGCGUCCUGCGCGUCCACCUCGACUUCCCGGACGCGCCCCACCCGCUCUCCGUCAACCACUUCGCAGGGCACUCGUACAGAGACCGCACGCUGGUCGACGUCGCAUCCACAUUCGCGCGUGCCCUCGCACCGGGGUCGAGCCUUGAGGUCGUUGCGCUCCUCCUGCGGAGGUUCACGCAGAACCGCUUCGUCGCGUUUCGCGUCGUGCGCUCCAACGACGGUGCACCCUUCGAGGUGAGACCGGUGGACAGAGAGGUGGAGGAGGGUUGUGGAGUCUCGCUGGACGACGGCGAUGGCCCGCGGUACAGCAGCAGGGGCGGGCUGAGUGGCAUCUUUCCCGGCCGCGAGCUAUACGCCUAUAUCUGUAAAUAG